GUACUGCCAAGAUGUCAAACUCCUCAGUUUGUUGUGUGUUUGAACCUCCUGUUUUAAUCAAAGUCGUACCCCCUAUACUUAUCUUGGAGUUCAUUUUUGGCGUCACAGGGAACAUAGUGGCCCUCUGCAUGUUUGCCCUUGAUAAGGGGAGCUGGAAGCCAAACUCCAUCUACCUAGCACACCUGGCUGUGGCUGACUCAGUGCUUCUCUUCUUCAUGCCAUUCAGAGCCCACUACUACGUCAGAGGCCUGGACUGGAUCUUCGGAGAUGUCUUCUGCCGCAUUCUGCUCUUCGGUGUGGCAGCCAACAGGGCUGCCAGCAUCUUCUUUCUCACCGCUGUGGCUGUGGACCGUUACCUGAAGAUUGUGCACCCACUACACCGUAUAAAUCGGAUGAACCUGAGCUAUGCCAUGUGGGUCUCUGCAGGCCUAUGGGUUAUGGUUAUACUUUUGACAGGUCAGUUACUGGGCUCGCCGCACUUUUUUACCUACGGCAAUCACACCCAGUGUGAGAGUUUCAACAUAUGCUUGUAUAACAAUCCAAUGUCAAACUGGCAUAACAGCUUCUAUGUGAUCCAGUUCUGCCUGCCAGGUGGCAUCAUCAUCUUCUGCACAGCCUGCAUUACAUGGCAGCUGAAAACUAAGACCAUGGACAACACAGGCAAGGUCAAGAGGGCAGUCCAGUUCAUUUUUGUCGUUGCCAUGGUCUUUUUCCUCUGCUUCCUGCCAAGCACUGCCUCCCGGGUGGCUGUUUGGGUCCUGAAGGUCUGGUACAGCGAGUGUGCACACUUCAGCAAUGCAAAUGUGGUUUUUUAUUUUUCACUUUGCUUCACCUAUUUAAAUAGUGUGCUCAACCCACUGGUUUACUACUUUUCCACUCCUGCAUUCAGUGGAACUAUACAGAAAUUUUUCAGGCGACUCACGGGACAAAAAGAAGAGGUAGUGUCAGGGAAAAGGAGUGUGACUACAGUUACAAGUGGUUAAAGUCAAUUCAAGCAAAAUAUGUGAGAAAUGCUGUUAAAUCAGAGGUGCACUCUGUUAUAGUGAUCAUUCAAACUGUCGUGAUAGUUCAGUUAGCUUAAGCUAUAUUAGUUAGCAUUAUUGUUAGAAACACAAGGACCAAAGAAAUUGUACAAAUAAUAACUCUAUAAAACUGUACAUGAAUACUAUAAAGCAAUAAUAGUCUAUUCUAGCAUUAUGUGAUAUUUGACCACGCAAUGAUUUGCUUUGUGUAUCAUUGCCAAGCAAAGCAUUACUGACACAGUUUGUACAUUUUUCAUGAAUGCGAUGCAAUAAAUAUGAUUAUAGAACCAUA